UCUUCACUCAUCCCGGCGUUCACUCCACAAGUGCGUGGAAAAUAUCGCAAAGAUCAACGAAAUUACCACCACGUGAACGCAGCCACCCCUCAAACGGUUCCCACGUUCCUAGCAGCGUCACUGCCUCAACAGUGGGCGUCUAGAGCUCGAGCGAGUAGUGUGUUGCUCCACGAGCCCUCCCAGUGUUACCCUUAAUAUAUGUUGCUAUAGCUCAUUAGGCUUAUAUUUCUCUAUCGCUCGCUAAUGUGUAUGAUUCUAGAAUUGGAAAUGCCAUGUUCAUGUCAUUGAGUGAAUAUUAUAGUCGUUGCGUUAGCCUACUCAUAGCCGCCGACAUUGUUGGCGGCCAUUAUAACGAACAUUUGCUAAUGGGCUCCUACAUCAUAGUUGAUAUGUAUUUUCUAGUAUGAAUUCGUCUAGGAGUAAUUAUUAAAAAGGGAUUAUCAGUCGCAUAACUGGAUGUACUGAUUUGAUAUUUUCUAGGCCAUUUGCCUCACCUUUAUUGUUGUGACUAUAUAAAUGUUACUUGUGUAGCAAAGACGCCGUUCCGUUUUCUUCGACACAAUCUCAUAAAGAAAAUUUUUACGGGAAACUACUUUGUUCCCGGCGUUGUCUACACGGCAAUGACGGCAUCCCUGCAGACUUGUGAUUCAUUACAUCUCUUUUAAUAUGAAGUAUUUUAGGUAAUUUUAAGAUAUUGUCCUCUAAAGUUUAUCUCUAAUCUCAUCAUUUCAGGUACCGUAAUCGUAGGCCAAGCCCAACCGCAGUCGUUGGCACUAAUCGUAAACAAAGCCCAACCCAACCCCGCGUUGGCGCUAUUAUCGGAAUCGAAUCCCAACCUAGCUAUAACUGUAAUUGAAGCCCAACUCACAGUUGGCAAAUUUAAGCAUAAGAAAUUAAACGUCAACAUUAGGUAUACCUGGCCUAACUCAUUGAAGCUCAGAAAUCCUAAACGUAAUUAUCGUCAACUUUGUCGUCUCUUCCUCUCGCCUGCCAAAACCACCUCGUCUUACGUCACUCAGCUUACGUCACCCAUAUGAAAUAAACGGGAGAAAAAGCAAGUCAACUUUUCCCUACCCCGUUGAGCCCGCACACGUUUGUGUCAGUAAGACGAGUCAAGAACCUGGCGGUGGAGAAGCUGAGAGAAGCUCAACGAACGUACCAGUGAGAAGAAGAUAGCGAAAAUGGAGCUACCAAAAAAUGCAAUUCAGCCCAACCGCACCGAAUUAGAAAAUGUGCUAGAAGAAAUUUAUGAUGAACUAGAUACUUUGCUGGACUUAGAAGACGAAGAGCUAAGACAUGAGCCAGAAAAAUUGAAAGAGCGGGCCACAGGUCUGAAAGGAAAAAUGAAGGAAUACACACGUUUUUGUGGGCAACUCAAGUGGACCCUACUCAGGCAAGGCUGCAGCGCUGACCUGCAACUUGCCAAAGAAAAGCAGCGUGGUCUUCAAAAACGCUGCGCGCAGAGCCUAGCGCUCAUCAACGAGCAUCUAAAACAGCUUAGAACCGAUGAAGUAUCAGCCCUACAUUUCGUCACUUCGUCCGUCCGAACGGGUUACUCCCUCGCUUCACAGCUUGAGGAGUCGAUAUCCCCAGUAGCCCCAAUCGAUCGACCGGACAGCCCAGUAAUAAUCGAGUCAUUAGUCAACGCUCCACGGGACUCCGGAGCCCUUCCAGCGCCGUCCCCAUCCAUAGUCAUCUCGCCAAAAACGGUUCCUCUUCAAUCCACUGGAACUCCUUCGGAUAAGCUUCACAACCACCCCACUUCUACGCCCUCGUCUCAUUCAAAAGACCUAACGCCGCAUCAUACCGAAGCGCCAAGCUCAGUGGUUCGUUCGGAUGGCACGAUACCAGUCACAAGUCCAUCCGCGUCGACCGGGCUUGAAACCCCGAGCGGAGUCGUACAUCCUCGCGGCCCCAGAGCAGCCUCGCCGACAUCAGCUUUUCCAUGGAGUGCGGUGUCAAUCUCGCCGACAUCGGCUACUCCAUGGAGCACGGGGACAAUUUCGCCGACACCGGCCCGUCAACGGAGCGCGGAGUCAACAUCGCCGACACCGGCCCCUCCGCGGAGCGCGGUGUCAGCCUUGAAGACAUUUGCUCCUCCAUGGAACGCUGUGUCAGUCCUGCCGACAUCGGCUUCUCCAUGGAGCGCGGUGUCAGUCUUGCCGACAUCGGCCUCUCCAUGGGGCGCGAUGUCAACCCCACCGAUAUCGGCACCUCCAUGGAGCACGAUGACAACCCCGCUGACAUCAGCUCCUCCAUGGAGCGCGGAGUCAGUUUCUCCAAUAUCGGCUCCUCCAUGGAGUGUGGCGGCAAUCUCGCCAACAUUGGCUCCUGAACGGAGUGGAGUGUUGUCUCAGUCUCGCUGACAUCGUCCUUCUAAUACCCAGCAACUGAAUAGGCCUCGAUCGUAUCUCAGCCGUAUCGUCCAAACCCCCUCAACGUUAUCCAACGCCAACCCCCAGAAGAUAUGUCCGGUCCACCAGUCCGCGGGGCACUCUCUACUCGACUGCAGGUCAUUCAAACGACUCCAGUACACAAAUAAGCAAAGGCUAGUGAAUGAUCAUCAACUCUGCUGUUACUGUUUUGGCCACUACUUUGCAACCGACUGCACCGCACAACCAAGAUGUGGUAUCUGCAAACAAAACCACAUAACCCUCAUGCACCAAGAGAGAGAGAGAGUACCUCACGCAUAUCCAGACUAUAACGGAUAAACCAGUACAGUGCCACCGAGUGCCAUCGUCGGCUGCCUGCGGCCCGCCCAGUGUGACAUCGUCCUAACACUGGUGGUACAUCGUCCGGUGCGCCCGGUGGUAGUGUGACGUCG